UCUGAAUUUAAUUCAGACGAGAUGUCACGGUGCGUAACUUUCUGCGGCGCUAGCUACGAUCGAAAGCCCACGGUGUCCGCACCCGGAACUUUACCGAACGCAAACCGUAUAUACCGCGGGGAUCACUACCGGCGACUGUGUUCUUAUUUAUUGGAGCAAUCGGGCAAGAGUUAGUUCGACGGAGCCGGUCAGGGUCAGGAUUUGCAUCUCAUCGCUGUUAUGAAUGUCUGUCUCAAUCCUUCUUUCUUUCAGAUAAUAAGAAAGGCUAUUUAAAAUCUUGAAAUUUUAUUGACAUCAGUCAUCAAGACAAUAGAGGCUCAGACUUUUAGAGAGGUACUACUCGAUCUACCAAGCCUUUCAAGCCAACGAAGCAACUCAAAUUCUACACUUUGGUGUGAAAGAUGAUGAUGCUGAAUGAUGGACGGUUCUCUUCGAGUAAAGGGAUGCACCUUACAAUAUCUCGUUUUAUCACCAUCUUGAUGAGUAUUAUGGUGGGCGGAUUCUUCACAAGUAUUGCUCUUGCCCUCAUCUACAGCUUCGACAAGACAACAUCUACGCAUUGCCAUGUCAAUAAUUACCUUCCGUCGAUCAGUGCAGCCAUCUCUGAGCCCCCCUCAAGCUACGUCUGGAGAUUUGUGAUCGUUUUAUGCUCUGGACAGAGGCUGUUCUGUGUGGCAUUCCACUACUGCUUGUAUGCGAGCGUCAACUCAGACAAUAUAUUCUAUCCGCUCCUAUGUAAAGUGUGCUUUGGGUGUGAGCUGGUGGAAAACUUUGCCCUUAUAGGGUUGACAUGUGUGUCGUCCUCUGAAAACUUUCCUAUACAUGAAAACAUGUUCAUUCUUUUCCAAGUAUGUUCAAUGGUCUUCAUGCUUUUGAUGUGUACGGUACACAAACUAGCGAUAAGCAGUGAGAUUCCUCCAUCAAGAUCGGAGAAAAAGACUUUAAAUUGGCUGUAUAUAUACUGUGCAACCAACAUAUCAUCAUUCUUUAUUGCAAUCUACUUCUACUUUAGACACAGUAGUCAUUGUGAGACUGGAGUGUACACCCUAUUCGCAUUUUUCGAGUACAUCGUUGUACUUAGCAACAUAGCAUUCCACUACAUCGUGACUUUCAACUUUCAAGAGAGAGAACUUAUACUUGGUAGCAGGAUACACGGCAAAUUAGAUUUUUGAUGAAGACAACUCGCUUCACUUCUAGCUUCCAACUCUGAUUCUUUCAUCUCUGCUAAAAGUGUUAACUCACAAUAUGGUUCAUGACAUUAGAGGGAGACAUUCAACUCUGUAAGCAAUACCAUAUUUAUUACUCUAUGAACCCAGAUAACCUAAUGCAAUACAUGUGCCUCUUGUGUAUGGCUUUCUUUGCAGAGCUAGAACAAAAAAAUCAUGAUGUAAAAUUUAAGACAUUAACUUUUCAAAGAAAAAUAGUUUUAUAAAAGAGUGAAACUUAUUCCAUUUUUAGCUUGUCAGUAGCAAGACAGGAGCAAAUGUUGAUGACAUGAAGAUGGAUAUUUUUUUUUUCAGAAGGUAAAUGUUGGACAAAGCAAAUAAGUUGAUAAUAUUUGUUCCUUUGCCCAAAGGGUUAAUAGUUGGAUGCAAGUUUUUACUGCCCUCACAACUGCCACUACUUUACACCACAUAAAAGUGAUGAGAAUUUUAAAUAUCUCCUUUUUUCUUCUCUUCAACUCUUGGAAUCAUUAUAUGUUUGUUGACAAUAGAGGGAGACAAUCAUCUCUAAGCAUUGACCAUUAUUUGAUGAGGUAAUAUGAAUCCAUUUACCUUUUAAAUACUGUUCUGUGACUUCAUAAAAUGAAACCAAUGAUAAGAAAACAAAAGGUAAUAAUAUUGUGAUUAUUGUGGCUCUACAUUAGACUUGAUCAUGCUGUGCUAGUCUUUCAAUCAUAUUAUAUUAUAUGAUGUCAUAUAGCUUU